UUUAUAAAAAGGGCUACCGAACAGUACCGGAAAUCAAGGGACGCUUUUACUCUCGGGCGUUUUUUCUACCUCUUUGGUGGUAAACCUCAGUUCCGUGUCCCACCUGUAGUUUCUCACUACUUCCGGUUCCUUUCGGAGGGGGUGCUGGGAACUGUAGUCCCGCUGCAACACACGCUGGUUGGGUCGGGGACAGAAUGGCUGCUGGAGCGGGAGAUUUCGGGUCGGGGGGCCGGCUGGAUCCGGGCGUGCUUAUGGAGCAGGUCAAGGUGCAGAUUGCCGUGGCCAACGCGCAGGAGCUGCUGCAGAGAAUGACAGACAAAUGUUUCCGAAAAUGUAUUGGGAAACCUGGAAGUUCCCUGGAUAACUCUGAACAGAAAUGUAUUGCUAUGUGCAUGGACCGGUACAUGGACGCCUGGAACACUGUCUCGCGGGCAUACAACUCUCGCUUGCAGAGGGAGCGAGCCAACAUGUGAAGGGGUCAUUGUGGGGCCACAGAGCCCCCAGCAUGGACUGAUCACAAGGCUUCUACUCUCAGGGAAAGGGUGUCAAUAAAAAACCGGAAGAGUGUGAUUAACCAGGAUAGGAGUGGACAGGAUUCUGUGGAUUUGGAGACAGGGCUCACUUUGUAUGGCAAGAAUUAAAUGGAAGUUUGGUGUUGUCUUUCUCCUCAA